UGAGGCCCAGGGGCUGCCUGGCGGACACCCCGCAGUGGAGGACUCGGUCUGCCUCGAGGUCGGAAUCCUGCUGACGCUGUCCAUUUCCCUCACCUUGGCCCCUCAGAGCGCAGCCAGCACCUGUGGCCACUCAGAGCAGGGAGGGCAGAUGCAGACCUUUUAUUCUAAAAGAAAUCCGUGUUCGCUGUAGAACGUUUGUAAAACUCUAGAACCGUACAGCAGAGCCGGGCGUCCGGGUGCACCCGCCUUCGGCCGGCUGGCGCCCUGUGGGCCGGCGUGUCAGCAGACGUGCGCGUGUGCAUGCGUGCACGCUCCCUCCUGCCUCUGCCCUUCCUAACGAUGUCGCCAGGGCGUUUUCCUUCUCCUGACGGGUUCCCCCAUGCCCCGCUCAGGACCCUGCCAUCAGCAGCUCCGGCCCCCCCGGCAGCUACCGACCCUACGACGACGGUCUGCAGAGGAAGGUUUUCAUCACCAAUGAGACUGGGCAGCCUCUGAUUGGGAAGGCAGACGACCGAGGCUGUAGCUCUGGGGGCGGCCUGGUCUCCCCUCUGGCCUUUCCUGCAGGUGUGGCCCGGAUUCACCGCCUUCCCCGACUUCACCAGCCCCGAGGCUCUGGACUGGUGGCAGGACAUGGUGUCUGAGUUCCACGCCCAGGUGCCCUUUGACGGCAUGUGGAUCGACAUGAACGAGCCAUCCAACUUCGUAAAGGGUUCUGUGGACGGCUGCCCUGACAAUGACCUGGAGAACCCACCCUACGUGCCAGGGGUGGUGGGUGGGACCCUGCGGGCCGCCACCAUCUGUGCCUCCAGCCGCCAGUUCCUCUCCACGCACUACAACCUGCACAACCUGUACGGCCUGACGGAAGCCUUCGCCUCGCACAGGGCCCUUGUGAAGGCUCGGGGGACGCGGCCCUUUGUGAUCUCCCGCUCAAACUUCGCUGGCCACGGCCGAUACGCCGGCCACUGGACGGGGGACGUGUGGAGCAGCUGGGAGCAGCUCUCGUACUCCGUGCCAGAAAUCCUGCUGUUCAACCUUCUGGGGGUGCCGCUGGUCGGGGCCGACGUCUGUGGCUUCCUGGGCAACACCUCGGAGGAGCUGUGUGUGCGCUGGACCCAGCUGGGGGCCUUCUACCCGUUCAUGCGGAAUCAUAACGACCUCAACAGCCUGCCUCAGGAGCCAUACAGGUUCAGCGAGACGGCACAGGAAGCCAUGCGGAAGGCUCUCGCCCUGCGCUACGCGCUGCUGCCCUUCCUCUACUCGCUGUUCCACCGGGCCCACGUCCUAGGCGAGACUGUGGCCCGGCCCCUCUUCCUGGAGUGAGUGCCUGGGGUCGGGGAGUGAGUGCCUACGGGCUGACCAGCAGCCUGGUGGCACCAGCACGGCCCCGUCCUGCUGCGGGGGGCGGGGGGACGACCCCAGACCGAGGGAGCCAGUGCGGCUGAGGGAGGCAAGGCAGAAACCUAGGCCCUCCCUACUGGGGGGCCCUUUGCACCCCCACUUUCCACCUGUGAGAUUGCAGCUCAGGGCUGGGGGCAUUCCAGGUACCUAAAAACCCAGGGUGAAGGACAUCGAGUAUAGACCAGGCCAACCAGAUGGUAAAGCAAGUUAUAAAACCAUCUCGGGGCUGGCUUACAGGAAAAAGGACCUUGGAAAAAACCCAACUGAUGUCCCUCAAGUAGGACUCAGAUACGUAAAAGGUGCCCUGCAGUGAAACGCCGUCUCCAGUCCGUGGGUCAGGAGUCCCACAUAGUGCGAAUUUGUUAGCUCUUUGCAAAAACCCAUUUUUCCCCUCACACUGUGCAAACGUAAGUUCUAGACGGAUUACAUACCCAAAUGUCAAAGGUUAAGUUCUAGAAAGUUCCAUGGGAACACAGAAGCGAAUGUCCCUCAUUGCUCUGGCAGAAGGGGGCUUUCUCAGCCUCAGAAGCAAAAGACAAGGGGGAGGGGGUUGAAUUUAGGGAAAAACGCGAUACGCCUCUGAACAGAAACAGAGACCGCUAUGACUUCCCCCACGGCAGAACUGUGAAGGCAAACCAGCUAGGGUCGUCAGCGUCCCAAACUCACGUGAGAGACGCAGACUGGUCGGCAGGACCAGGACUAGCCAGCAGCAGACCAGCGGUCGGCAGAGUUAGCCAUGCGGGAGCCGCGGUCGGCGCCCUGCCUGGAGCAUGCGGCCGGGGAGAUGGCCUGCCCCCUCCUACACCGAGCUCCGGCAGCUGGAACCGGCCUCCCCACGUCCCACCCAGUCCUCUGGCUGCUCGUGCUUCCCUGAGAACCCCCUGAGCACACUGACCUCAGAGGUCAC